AAUAGCUUUCAUCACUUACCAGACAAUUGACACACCCAACAUGAUUUCACAGAAGAGGAAGGAGACAAAAUAGUGACGUUUUUUCUUUCUUUCUGUAGUCCUCAGAUUGCACUUGUGAAGAAGAGAAGGGAACAAUGAGUUUUGACCGAGUGCCAUCCAAGUCAGUGGUAAUGGACUGGAAUCCACACCAAUUGGCAGACUACAUGAAGAAGUUGAAUUUAAGUGGCUGCGAUAAAGUCAUUAUGAAAUGUAGCAUAAAUGGACAAAGGUUCUUGAACAUGACUGAAAAUGACCAUCAGAAAUUCCCCAAAAUCCAUGCGCCACUCAUCUCCAAAAUCUGCAGUGAAAUCAACAGGAAAGAAGAAAAAAGGAGAUUCUUUACUAAAAGAACUGCAGCACCAAAAUAUGAACCAGCUAUGCCACAAGAGGAUCAGCCCUGGGGACCGGAUGAAUUUGAUGAGGGGAGUGACGAAGACUAUGAGAAUCCAGAUGCUGAGGAAGAUGAUGGCAGUGGGGGAGAUUACGAGUCACCAACAGAGGAUGUUGGACUUGAGGACAGUGACAACGGCUAUGAGUCACCUCCGUCUGAGGCGCCUGAAGAAAUUCCCCAUCAGCUCCGUGCUGCCAAGCCAUUGGCUGACGGAGAAUACAUUGAUAGUACACCGCACCGCAAUACAGCUAGAAGCCAUCCUCCUCCAACAACUCAACGCCCUGGGGCUGGUCCUCCUAUCCCCUCUGCCAGUCACCCUAGUCUACUGCAGCCUCCCCCACCCAGAAGAGAGCAAUCUCCCCAGCACCCUGGCAGAAUAACUGGCAAGUUGCCUGCUACUUCCUCAAAUGCUGCCCCCGCUCCACCAGUUGACCGCAGAAGAAAGCCCACCAAACUGGAUCGCACAAGACUUGCUGAAUCUCCAAUACCAGCAACGAAGUUAAACACAACUAACAUGCCUGCUCCACAUUCAUGGAGGCCUCAGGCAGAAGAGAGGGGUCCAGACCCUCCCAGAAUGCCCAAACCUCCCCUCCCUGUGUCAAGUAGUGUCAGCAGGAGCAGCUCGUCGGUCGGCAGAGCCCCGCUGAACAACAACAGAUAUGUGCCUGAUGCAAGAAAUGAGGUACAAGAUGAUGUGCCCAUGUCCAAACCAUACAACUCCAACACAUUUCCUAGACCAGGGCACCCUAGAGCAGUGCUCCCCGGACUAUCCUUACAUUCAGACGGCUUUCCUCCUAAUAUCGCUUCAACUGCAUCUCUACCUUCAAAACUGCAGGCACUGCAGGCAUCCAUCUCACCCAGGAGCAGUCCUAGGAUUGUGCCAGACAGACACAUUAUGCCCCCUCCGCCACCUAUGCAAGCUUCUAUCCCCCCACCGGCAGACCUAGAGGAUGAACAGGACCUGAACCCUCAGUGGUACGUUGGUCAGGUGACACGGGGUCAAGCGGAGGGCUGUCUCAGACAGGUCAACAUGGACGGUGCAUUUCUGGUACGAGACAGUUCGAAACGGUCGUCCAUUCAGCCCUAUACACUCAUGGUACUCUAUCAGGACAAAGUUUACAACAUCCAGAUCCGCUGUGAACAGAAUGAGUUUCUGCUGGGGACUGGUCUGAAGGUCUCAGAGACCUAUCCGAUGGUGGCACACAUCAUCGCUCAUUACAGACAGUCACCUCUUCUGCUGAUUGAUGCUAAGAACCGUGGAUCAGGACAGCAGAGCCAGUGUCCCCUGAUCUACCCAGCAGGUGGAGCACUAGCAAGUCCCUACCCAUCCUUUUAACAGACAGCAGAGCCAGUGUCCCCUGAUCUACCCAGCAGGUGGAGCACUAGCAAGUCUCUACCCAUCCUUUUAACAGACAGCUGGGGUAGUGAUAACAAUAACAUGGAGCAAUAGUCAAGAUUCACAGUGGUUUUAAAGGACUGCCACUCACAUUAUGGGUGGAAUGACUUAUGCAACCUUGGAAUUGCAGUUCAUAGUCUUUUACAUGUAAGGUCAUUUCAUAUGAAGACAAGUGACUCUUGGAUUGAGAUGGUAGGUACGGUACAUCUCUGUCAACUGUUCACUGUAUGGACCUCAGAAAGAAAAGUCCAUAUACACAAUAAUAGUCAUAGUUUUUGUCUCAAUGUGUAUUUUUUUUAUUUCAGUAUUGAAAGCACAGAAGCUGAACAUGUCCAUGUGAGUAGUUACGUAAAUGCCUGUGUUUGCUCUCUGUUAUUUCCCUGUUACAUGCAAUGGAAAGGUCUAGAAUAGCAGCUAGCUCUGCAUUAAAUCAGAAGCAGCAUACAUUAUCCAAGUAAGGAAAUAGUGGGGUCAACAGUCAGUCACAACUGCUGAGCUUUUAUAAUAUGGAUUUUGUUUCAAUUUCCUGCAUUGUUUAAUGGUUAAAUUAAAACUAUAUUCUUUAAUCUCUCACACUGUAUGUUCUAUAACAUAGCUAUUAUCAAUGUUUCAAAUAAACGCUUGCAUUUUUUUAAAAAUUGGAAA